GGAUUGAGGAUAGAAUUUCAGGCCCAGUCUUGAUCAUUGGUGGAAGGAGAGCGGAGACAAACCAGAUACGGAGCUGUCUUGAGUCUGUACUCUCAUCGCUUGGGUGCGAGACUUCCUACGUGGAGAGUCUGGAUAGGGUCACUCCGCAACUGCUCUCUGGCGUCAACCAGGUGGUACUGCUUGCUGAUCUCGACCAAUCAAUUCUGGAAAACAUUAGCUCAGCUAGUCUCUCCGGUCUUCAAACACUUAUGAGCCCUGGACGGUCGUUACUGUGGCUUCUAAAUGGAUUUUACGGAGGCGCAAACCCAUAUCAUUCAGCUUCAGUUGGCCUUGCACGAACGGCCAAAAGCGAGACCCCAAAUUUCCGGCUCCAGUUUCUCGACAUCGACACCCUCAUUGGAAUGGGAGAGCUGGUUGCAGAAACGUUCUUGCGAUUUGUAUACCCAACAGAGCAUGAGGAUGAGGUUUCGUCGACUCUGUGGAUGACUGAAGACGAAAUUACGAUUAUCCAAGGCAAAGUCAUGCUCCCCCGAAUUAAGCCAAUCCCAGACAUGAACAGGCGUCUCAAUUCUAGGAGAAGAGCUGUCAACUACUCAGAGAACAUGGCGCAUGCGACCGUGGAAUUGACCUUGAAUGGGGAAACCAGGCCUUUCGUAUAUGAAGCAUCCUCCUCUUCCUCUUCCUCUGGUACAGUGAUGAGUUCAAUCAGCCAUCAAGAAGAACACAAGGUUGCAGUCACAGUCUCGUACAGCAGCGUGUGGGCAAUCAAUGUCAGCAAGGACUCGAACCUGUUCCUCGGUAUCGGUACUAUCGCCUCUGGUCGACGAGUGUUGUUCUUCUCUGACAUGUGCUCGUCGAAUGUAAUGAUACCGCCAUCGUGGACCCAGGACCUUAAGCCGACAACAAUGUUGCCCGACGAUAUGGUUCUUGCUCUGUUCCUCAGAGCAAUUGUUGCUUCGCGGAUUGUCAAUUCUCAUCGUGAAAGACCAGUCAUUAUCAUUGAGCCAGACAAUCUGCUCAUAUCAGCCAUUUCGCUUCUACAGCCGGCCAGCGAUGGGGUUCUUGUGAUUAACGUGACGAGCGAUUCUAAACGAGCCCAGGAUGAUCCACGGCUUACAUUCAUACAUCCACGUUCCACAAACCGCGCAGUAGCAGAGGCUCUGCCUUCUGCUUCUGGAGUUGUUAUCGAUAUUUCUGGCAGCUCCAAAUCCAUCCUUGGGAACCUCUUGCAGGAAAAAACGUGCUUCGCUACAUUCAAACUAUUCGCAGCUACCCCACAGCACAUAGAAAAGGGAAGUAUACUUGACACUAUUAUAACCACAGCCUUCACAUCCUUCCGUGAAUUAGGGUUGAGUGCUAUCAAAGGACAGGUUGAGACUGACAGCCUAAUGAUAAAAUCCCUUAGUGCGUUAGUUGGCCAAGGUUCGCAGCCAUAUCUUACAAUGGUGAAUUGGAGGAAAGAGCCUAUGGUUGCACUGAAAGUACGACCGCUCAAGCUGGAUUUCUACCUGAGUGGGGCCAAGACCUACUUACUAGUUGGCUUGACAGGCGAAUUGGGAGAGAGUUUAUGCCGACUCAUGGCCGCACAUGGAGCACGUUACUUUGUUGUUGCUAGCCGGACCCCAGAGAAAGCUCAGUCAUGGGCAGAGCCAUUGAGAAAAUUGGGCCUCACAAUACACCUUGCUUCUUUGGAUGUUACAAGUCUUGAAGCAGUCCAAAAGGUCAAAGCGGAUGUAGAGAGUUUUCUUCCUUCGAUCAGUGGUGUCGUCCAGGGUGCCAUGGUUCUAUCAGAUGAACUAUUUGGAUCCAUGACUCUAGAAAGCCUGCAGAGGGCUCUCAGGCCGAAGCUGGAUGGGUCUCGAAAUCUGAGCUGCGUCUUCAAUGAGCCAACGCUCGACUUCAUGAUCAUGCUUUCCUCUCUGACCUGCGUGGGCGGUAACUCGGGUCAAUCAAAUUAUACUGCUGCUAACUUGUACAUGUCCGGCCUAGCUGCGCAACGCCGCAGUCAUGGUCUAGCAGCUUCUGUUCUUGACAUUGGGGUUCUCUAUGGUAUCGGAUAUGUCAACCGUAUUGAAGGGGCGGAGAUAUAUGCGAGCCUCCGAAGGCAGGGAUAUCUGCCCAUCUCCGAGCACGAUGUCCAUGAUAUGUUCACGGAAGCCGUGGCCGCCAGUAAGCCAGAAUGUGGAUCCCUCGUGCAAAUAUCCACGGGCUUGAAUCGUUGGAGCCCUAACGCACAAAACCCACUUCCAUGGCACAGGGAUGCACGAUUUUCGCAUCACAGAGCAUUGAACAACAAGGAAUCUGCAGGCAAGAAUAUAGCUGGCUCGUCUGAAACGAUCAAGGGACUUUUGAAUGCAAGCCAGGACAAGGCAAGUAUCGUCGAUCAUUUGCAGAAGGCAUUCUCUGCUCAUUUGGAAACUAUGCUACAUUUGGCGCAGGGAAGCCUAGACCCGACCGUUGCCAUCAUCGACUUGGGGGUUGACUCGCUCGCCGCCGUGGAAAUCCGGACCUGGUUUUUGAAAGAGGUAGGAAAGGAUAUGCCAGUGUUGAAAGUGCUGGGCGGCGCUUCGGUUGCGAACUUGUGUGAGGAAGUUGGUGCCGACCUUCUCGCCGAAAGAGAACCUGAACAAGAUGAAGCGAGCGAAACACCGUCCGAGAGCAACUCCGGGCUGGCUAGGGAUUCAGACUCGGAUCCGUCAGACCUGUUUGAUAACACCAAUCUGUCACAUUCUACGGAUCUUACAUCGGACAACGAAGAUGAGACGACGCCGUUUGAGCAGGUCUAUCCAAUGUCUUCUAGUCAAUCCCGAAUGUGGUUUCCAUAUCAGCUACUGCAGGACAAGACAACCUACAACUGCACCACAUCGUAUCGUUUGCGAGGCCCGCUCAACAUCGACCGCUACGAGGUCGCACUCAAAACUGUCAUUCAUAAGCAUCAGGCUUUGCGUACUGGCUUCUACACCGAUCCAUACACGGGCCAUCCAAUGCAGGCGGUAGCAAAAUCGUCCCCUUUUCAACUGAAGAAGGUUUCCAAUGCUCGUGAAGACGUGGACUCUGCGCGAGAGACUCUCAUGAUUGCUAAGCAUAUCUAUGAUCUUGAACGCGAAGAUGUCUUCAUUGCAACACUUCUGGAAUACAGUUCGAAUUAUCAUGAGAUCAUAUUCGGUUAUCACCAUAUCAUCAUGGACGGCGUAAGCUGGCAGUUGUUUCUACAAGAAGUAGAACGCUUCUAUGUCAAUCUGCCCAAGCGUGUAUACCAGUCCAUUGAUUACCUCGACUUUGCAGUCAAGCAGCGAGCAGACCUAGACUCCCCAGCCAUUCAAACCAAACGUCAGUUCUGGAAUAGUAGCUUCGUCGACCUGCCACGACCUAUUCCGUUGUUUCCGUUCGCCAAAGUCACAAACAGGAAGUCGCUCAACCGAUACGAAGCUACAGAAACCUUCAUUGAGUUGGACCAGGCUCUUGCGGCCCGCAUCAAGACAGUUUCGGUUGAUAACAAGAGUACGACUUUUCAUUUCUACCUUACGGCUCUUCAGAUUAUGGCUCGUAGGUUGCUGAAGAUUGAUGAUGUCUGCAUUGGCAUCACAGACGCCAACCGCUCGGACCAGGCCUUCAUGGAAACAAUCGGCCUGUUACUUGACUCACUUCCGUUGCGUUUCAAGUCCGAUGGCACUGUCGAUCAAGAAUUCAGUGCCUGCCUUCAGAGCACACGAACAGCUGUUUACUCAGCCCUCGGGAACAGUGGCGUACCUCUGGAUGUCAUCUUAGACGACAUUGGCGUGGAAACGUCCACAUCCCAUCUGCCGCUAUUCCAGAUACUCGUCAACUACCGUAUGGGGGCGAUCAAACAGAAGACUCUCGGCCCAGAUAUCGCCUUCGAGUACUUGGCUUAUGAGGACGCACGGCACCCGUUUGAUUUCAUUUUAACUAUUGACGAAGAAGACGGGCGUGCCGGUUUGACGCUGUCCAUGCAGGACUAUCUCUACGAUAAAACCUCUGCCCAUACGUUCCUGAAGACAUUCAUCAAUCUUCUCGAGGUUUUCUCGGAGUCACCAGAAACACAUGUGUCGGACUGCCCCGUAUACCCCGAAGCGCUGGUCAAGCAAGCGGUGCAACUGGGUAUUGGCAUGGAAUCACCACUUGAUUGGCCGAGUACAUUGACUGCACGCGUCGGUCAAAUGGUGUCGCAAUAUCACGAGCAAAUAGCCAUCAAAGACGGCGACAUAUCAUACACCUACUCCGAAAUGGCACGAACAGUCGACGCUGUCGGCCAAGCUCUGCUAGAUCAAGGUGUCACUAGAGGGUCUCGGGUUGGUGUGGCAAGCGGCCCUUCCGCAGAUGUGAUACUGUCACUACUUGCAAUACUUAAGAUUGGGGCCAUAUAUGUCCCGCUUGAUGAGCGCAAUUCCGACAGCAGACUGGCCAACAUGAUCUAUGAUGGAUCGAUCUGUAUUAUUAUCCACAACAAAGCCACUGAGUCACGCAUCCCCACGCUAAUCGCGGCUAACCCUUCUACCAAGUCGAUAAAAAUCUCAGACAUAAAACUGGGAGAAUCCAUCCAAUUAAGUGACAAUGCGGUUGCAGCGGAAACAGCUUUGAUUAUGUUCACCAGCGGUUCGACUGGAAAGCCAAAGGGCGUUGUGCUCUCAAAUGCCAGCUUCUUGGCUCAUAUCAAGGCAGCAACCACGGCCAUGAAUCUUGGCAGAGAGAUAGUCUUGCAGCAAAGUGCUCUGGGUUACGAUGCUUCGCUGGCGCAGAUUUUCUACGCAUUGGCAAAUGGUGGAACUCUCAUUGUGACCAGCAACCGGCAGGAAUCAAGCAACAUCGCCACACUCAUGCUUCGCGAAAAGGUCAGCCUGACCCUCAUGGCCCCUUCAGAGUAUUCCGUCAUCUUCCAGUAUGGAAAAGACUCGCUCAGUCGUUGUGAGUCGUGGCGGAUCGCUAUGUGUGGUGGAGAAGCAUUUCCCUCGGAGCUGCGCUCGUCCUUCAGGGACCUGAAUGUCAAGGGCCUAGAAGUCUGGAACGCAUACGGCCCUACUGAGCUAUCAGUCGCAUCAAACAUGGGCCAGGUUGAUUGCAGCGAAGUGGCAGUCAACGCUAACGCGACAGUGCCAAUUGGCAGGGUCAUCCCGGGAUAUAACGUCUGUCUGGUUAAUGAUGCAGUGCAGCCGGUUCCUCUGGGCUGCUCUGGUCAAAUUGCUGUCAGCGGACGGGCAGUCGCAACGGGCUACCUCAACAAUAAGCCGCUAACGGAUGAAAAGUUCGUAUCCGGAGCUUCCUCACGAUUCCUGAAAAGCGCUGGCAAACCGACGGCAAGAUGGUAUCUGACUGGAGACACAGCCCGCAUGGAUCUAGAUGGUCAGUUGACGUAUAUGGGACGCAUAGAAGACGAUUCUCAGGUCAAAUUGCGGGGCAUACGCAUUGAGCUUACAGAGAUCUCGAACUCGAUACUAGCGACAGCAGCUGGUGUCAUUGCACAAGCUUCGAUUAGCUUGCGGGGUGAAGGAGAACAGCAAUUUCUUGUCGGACACGUCGUCUUUGCUACCGAUCGCGUGCCAGAGCAGGCAGAAAUGUACCUCGAUUCCGUCCUCGCCAGCCUUUCUCUACCGACAUAUAUGCGGCCUGCACGGCUGGUUCCCGUUGCUGCUCUGCCACUGACAAUGAGUGGAAAGCUGGACCGAAAGGCUUUGGCAGACCUUCCGAUUGCAAAUACCGUGGAUCAGCGACUGACGAAUGUAACCGAACUCACUGCCACAGAGCUUCGAGUAAAAGACGUGUGGUCAGGUAUUCUCGGCCACACUGGACUUCGAAUCACUAGAGAUUCGAGCUUCUUCUCCGUCGGCGGGAACUCACUGCUAUUGCUUCGGCUCCAGGCUGAAUUGAGAAGAACGUUCGGGAUAGACAUCAAACUUGCAGAUCUGUUUCAGAUACACUCUCUAGGGGACCUGGCGCAGAGGAUUGGAAGCCCCAAGGCAACACCAGGCAUCAGCACCGAAGCUCGCAUCGACUGGAACCUUGAGACCGCUCUUCCCCCUUCCUUGCUGAAGACACCCCGAAUGACGCCAAUUGCCUUCCAACGCUCAGGCCUCGGAAGCUCGCUAAGCGUCAUCGUGACAGGUGCUACCGGCUUCCUCGGUACUGCCAUCGUCAAAGCCCUCCAAGAGACGCCGCGGAUACAAGAGAUCCAUUGUCUCGCUGUCCGUGAUAUUCACGGAGAGAAUGCAAGGGCCCUUCAACGCAAGUUCUCAAAGGUGCGAUUGUAUUCCGGAGACCUCGCCCAACCACGUCUUGGCCUCGGUGAGGAUGAGGCGCGCCUUCUCUUCGUGGACGCAGCCGCUGUCGUACACAAUGGCGCCGACGUGUCCUUCCUCAAGCCAUACGAAGCCCUACGCGACACCAAUGUUGGAUCUACGAGGGAGCUGGUGCGCUUGUGCCUCGACUCUCGUUCGUCGGCCGUGCUGCACUUCGUCUCGACAGCCGGCGUGGGCGCCAUCCUUGAGACGCAAGGAAGUGGCAGUGUCCCCGAACUGAGGGCCACGACCCUGAAGGAAACACGCCCGGAUUCAGUUGACGGCUACGUGUCAUCCAAGUGGGCAAGCGAGGUCUUACUCGAGAUUGCAGCUGAGAAGACCGGUCUACCCGCCCGCAUCUACCGCCCUUCUAGCAUCACUGGUCCAGGGGCGCCGGCCCUCGACAUUGUCCACAAUGUGAUGAAUCUUUCACGGAAAAUGCGUACGAUUCCGCGCAUGCAGGGCUGGGCAGGUUGGUUCGACUUCGUGUCUGUGGAGCGGGUAGCCCAGGAGCUUGUCCAAGGCGUCUUGAGGCAAAGGCAACCUGGACCGGUGGAGUUUGUGCACCCUACUGGCGAAGUAGUGCUUCCAGUUGCGGAAGCUAGGAGAUAUCUCGAGCGCCAAACGGGAUACGAGUUCCGUGAAGUGGAGAUGGAAGCGUGGAUUCAGAAGGCAAUGUCGUUUGGAAUGUCGGAGCUUGUGGCGGGUUAUCUUGGUCAAAUCCCAGAUUCAGAUGUGAUGCCGACCUUCCCUAGGCUAGAAAGCACUAUCUUCUAG